AUGAAAAGGAAUCGCCAAGACCGAAGAGGCAUACCUUCCGACCAUUUCGUCGAACACCUCGGCCGCGGGGGGAGCGGAAUUGUUCAAUGGCAUCGCCGGAGCACCUCCUUGCGGGGGGGGGGGGGGAUGCUGCGGGAGCACAGGGCCAGGCUCUACAUCAUCCGGCGCUGCGUCGUCAUGCUGCUCUGCCACCAUGACUGAUGCUCGCUCCGUCGAUCGAUGCAUGGUUACCUGCGUCCCUGCCCCUGCUACAUCGUCUCUGCCUGCUCCUCUGUCCGGCCACCAUGUAUCUAGGUUAGGUAUUGUUGUUUCCAUCUUGGUUUUGUUCGUUUGUUCAUAGGCUGUGCAGGCUUGGCAGAUUAACUCUCGGUGUACAUAUUAGGCAGGGAACGUAGGUAGUUAUUUUCUGAAUUCUAACAGUUACUCUGGGUUUCUUCAAGGCUUGUUCGGUGUGGUGUGGUGCUCCUAAGCCCUGCAAUGGCGAGGAUUGCACAUGUAUCGAUCUGUUCUGGGCACGUUGUUGGUAUAUUGGCUGUGUUUUUGCUCUAUGGAAAAUGAAAGGCCAAAAAUAGAAAGAAUGAAUGAAAAAAGUUAUCCA